AUGCCCGGCAUCUUGCCGAUGAAGAUGAUUCGCGUGGGGAGCAGUACGCAGAGCAGGAUUGCGCAAGCUUGUGACAGGUGCCGCAGCAAGAAGAUCCGGUGCGACGGCGUGAGGCCAUGCUGUACUCAGUGUGCCAAUGUCGGCUUCGAGUGCAAGACCAGCGACAAGCUGAGUCGCAGAGCUUUCCCCAGAGGUUACACAGAAUCAUUGGAAGACCGUGUUCGCGGCCUCGAGGCUGAGGUCCGAGAGCUCAAGGAGCUGCUGGACGAGAAGGAUGAGAAGAUCGACAUGCUCUCCCGCAUCCACAGUUUCUCUCCUCCCUCUCGAAAGUGCUCUGCAUCUUUGUCGCCUUCACAUGCCGCACAGGUCAAGGCUGAAGUUGAAUCCGCCAGAGAAGAGGUGUUGCACGUUGAAAUCCCGGCACCGGUGCAGCCCAAGGCCACUUCGACUGGUUCCUCGACCACGCCCUCCUUCGUCGAGGCAUUUGAUCAGAAAGUACAAGAAGCUGGCCAGCAAACGACUGGAAUCUCGUCGUCUGGCCUACAGAAAGUCAUCCAGCCCACGCGGCGAACCACUGUCCCUGGCCCCAAAGUACCCCCAAGGCUUCAUUCUGAUCAAUACAUAAAUCUCUUCUUCCAGGAAUGGCAACCGUUGAUGCCGGUUCUCCAUCGACCGACGUUCCUUCGAGUUUAUGAACAGUACCUCGCCAACCCUGAGUCGGGCAACUGGCAGAGCAAUAAGCAAGCAUACGCUCAACUAUUCUUGAUUUUUGAAAUUGCAGCGCUUUCCAAUAUUUCCACUCCAAAGAAGAACACUCCGUCAUACGAGGCUCAAUGGCGCAAAGCUCUCUACUCGACGUCCUCCAAUGCUUCACUCCCAACCCUCCAAUGCCACGUCCUAGCUCAGAUCUGUUACAUGCUGCGAGCCGACUACACCCAUCUAGCGCGUCAUCGUGGCAUUGCAAUCACAAUGUGCCACGAACUCGAGCUCCAUCAGGGACACAAAUAUCACAGCUUGUCGCCUCUCGAGGCGGAGACUAGAAAGAAGGUGUUCUGGAGCCAAUAUGUCCUUGACAAAUUCAUAUCUGCCGCGACUGGUACUCCAGUCCUCCUCCGAGACAGUGACAUAACCACAGAAUACCCAGCCGACGUCGACGACGAGAACCUUAGCACUCAAGGUUUCUCUCCUACUCUUCCUGGUGAACUGACCAAGAUUUCGAGCGCACUUUCUUUGUUCCGCCUUUCCAGAAUCCUAUCCAAGGCUUUGGAUACCCUGUAUCCCGCCAGAGCUAGCUAUCAACUAUCGUUGACCAAACUUCAUGCGCUCUCUGACGAGCUUGAUCAAUGGUCAGAGGAACUACCUGAGCAUCUUCGCUUGCGCUUCUGCAAUGACAAGCCAGCGACGAAUUUGAUCGGCUGUAGAUCGCCACUAUUGUCACUCGCCUACUUCUAUACUAGAAGUUUGAUUCACCGACCGUUGCUCUGCCACGCGUCAGGAAGCGCUUCCUCAGCUGCGGGCAUCGUUUUGGCGGCCGCAGGCAAGCAUGUUCUCCAGAUUCUUGAUCUUCUCCUAGAGCGCCGCAUGAACUAUACCUUCCCACUGAACAAGGCCGACCUCCUGCUGAACUCAGGUUUGGCGAUACUCUGGCAAUCGCUUGAUUUGGAAGACGACAGCAAGCUCGCCAAAGACAACCAAAAGUCCUUAACCAUGCUCGUGGGCAUGCUGCAUUCCGAGAAUGCGCCAGCUGCGGUGGAGUUUCAGAAGAUCGCCACCUGCUUUAUCCCAAUAGAAGCGCGGCCGGCUUCGUCACGAAGUCCAGAUCAGACCACUACCAGCGCUCAAAAAGCGGCUAGCACAAUGCCUGCUCCUGCUGAAUCCAGGUCAAAAUCUACGAGGAAGCAGCUGCAAGCGAUUGCCUCACGAUGGUCCUCAUUUAGCAACAAAGGAAAGCCCGAGGACCCCAACAGGCGUGCUACUGUGCCCCAAACUGGACCGACGCCCCUUAGCCCAGCCCGUCGUGCAAAUAGCACUAUCAGCUUGUCUUCCACCCGAUCGUUGCCAGUUUUGCCAGUGGCCACUUCCUCGCCUCGCCAAAUCAACGCCCCAGGGCCACUGGGUACUCCAGCCAUAAACCUAGACUAUCUGCCGCUUGGGGAUGAGUUUGGCGACUCGCAAACCAGGACAUCCUCGAGCACGAUGCUCCCUCCGAAGAAGCAGCCAACACCUACCCUUCCCGACUCUGGAUGGGAAACGCUUCUAGAUGGGUUCGACCCAAAUAACCCGGUGAUGUAUCAGGAAAUUCCAGUCAACACCAAUUCGCUCUAUCAGGUACCCAGCAACGAAUGGACUCCAGACACAUGGCACCUCUCGGGCAUGGAUCUUGCGGCGAAAGCCCCCGUGCCUCAAAGCCUGCUCAGCUUUUCCGAGGAAUCCUUGACAAGCGGUGAUGAUUUUCUAUUUAGCACUGCCGGGAGCCACAACGGCUCAACAGUCACAGGCGACAGUUUGGAACUGCCGGAGACAUAUCGGGGUAUCACCAUUCCGGUGGACGAUGAAUUUGAUUUUCACGAGGUGGAAGCUUAA